AGUAUUUUCGUCCCGUGGCUCAUUCAAGGUUAGGAAACACAAAUUUACAGGAAGUGAAAUUUCAAGAGGAUUGAGUUGCGUUUUAAAUUGUGAGUUUUGGUUUCGGAGCUAAAAAAAAUAAAAGACUUGAAUGACAGGUUUUAGUGAAAUUUAAAAAAUGGACUAAGCACAAUUGCUGAGUAUAAAAACAGCUUUUAAACGUAAUAUUUAGACAUGUUUGUUUGGACGAUACCAUCGAUAUUUCUACAUUGUCAAUAUUUCUCACUGCACGCGAAGGCAUCAAGUAAGCAAGCACAAGAAGACUUUUGCCGUGAUACAAUUGAACAAGGUUGAACUGACACAAACUUAUUCUUUGGGAAAAGUUGUUAGGAAGAAUUAUUAGAAAAAGUGCUGAAAAUGGCCGCCAUUAACCACAAUUCCAUCUCUGAGCUUCAUCCCAAAUUGUCUCACCCUAAAGUGAUUGGUAUAAUCAUAGGAAAAACUGAUAUUAAGGGCUUCCCUGACAGAAAAAACUUUGGUGUGGACAGAUUCACUUUUGGCUUCACCGUUAAGGACUCUCCUGACUUUUUUAUCAAUGUGUCGGCCUGGGGAAGCGAUGGUUACAUUAACAGGCUGUGCAGCAGUUUCAGUAUCGGUGAUGUUGUCAUUAUUGAAAAUCCAUUGGUGACCACCAAAGAUCUAGAGAAGGAGGAAAGAUUCUGUCCUACCACACCGAGUCCCUACAGGUUGAUGCUUGCAGAGGCUCAUUCCCAAAUGUGUCUUUGUGUGGACGUGGACACCAGUGACAGCUUGCUGCCACUGAUUCACAUGCCAGUGAAGGACUCCAGAGACUUCUACCCUCUGGGAGACAUCGUGGCCAAUGGGAAGAGUCUGGAUGGAUCAUUUAUAAACAUACUGGCUGCUGUGAAAGCGAUCGGUGAGAUGAAACUGUUCAGGAAAUCGGAUGGAUGCCAGGGACAGAGGAUGGAAGUGAAGCUUUUUGAUGAGUUGGUCUCGUCCUUCCCGCUCAUUUGUUGGGACAGAGAAACCAUUCAGCAUGUCCAGACUUCAGUGUCCAAAGGGACUGUGAUCUUCGUAGCGGAUACGAAGAUUAACUUUGACAGCUUCCGCAAUGGAAUGACCGCAGCAGUCAACUCCAAAACCAUUAUCACUGUCAAUCCUGACACGCAAGAGGCUGGCUUGCUGUGCAGAUAUGCUACGGAGAUGUUAGAAUCCGGCGCUCUGGAACAAGAUGACAAGGCAGAGGAUGUGCAGGUGGAGUCAAUCACCGCCGUGUACACGGUGGGUCAGCUGAAGGAAAAAAGCCAGGAAAGUCCGGAGACGUCCCACGGCAUCACAUACAGUUUCAUCUCUAAACUCGAUCUAGACUCUUGCGUUUCCAAAGUCAUCAGGACUCGCUGCGCCAAGUGUAAGUUCCAGGUGACAGAGGGCACGCAAUAUUGCAACAACCAGUUGUGUCCAGGAAGGGGUCAAGUCUUCUCCUCCAUCACUGGCUUUGACCUCAUGAUGAACCUCACAGACCACACGGGCACUCUGCACGCCUGCACCCUCAGAAGCCCAGUGGCCGAGGCCAUGCUGGGAUGCACUACCGAGCAGUUUACUCAUUUAACCGACAAUGAGCGCACUGCAAUGAAGUGGAAGUUUCUUCUGGAGAGAUGCAAAACAUAUGUGAAGAUCCUCCCUUCCACCAGGACAAAGAGUGGGGUGCGGGCAGUGGUCCUGGCCUGCUCACUGGCUGACCCGGGCGAGGUGAAGCAGCACAUGUCAACCCUGCUGAAGGGGGACUGAGGAACUCCCCCUCAACUACACGGUGGAAGCUCGAGUGUUCGUUUCCUCCAAGCAUUACACAGAAGCGAUGAGAGUUUGUGUUUAGGUUGUUGUUAUUCUGUCUGUUCUUCAACACUGUUUUGUAUUUGUCUGAGGUGUUAAACCAUUACAUCUUCUACCGUGAAAUAAAGAUGCGUUCGUUCAUCAA